AUGGCUUCAUCUAAUCCCGAAAGAACCUAUGCUCGAUGGUCUCUUCGAGACCUGUCCCCUACAUCCGCGACAGACGUCCUCCCCAUCGGACCUGAAGCAGACGGAAUUCAGACGGUGUUUGCCGAUGACUCUCGAAGACUGGUUGAUACGGCUGACAUCCAGCCUGGAGGGAAAUAUCAUUCUAUCGUCAAGCUCCAGAUUCGAUUCGAAGGCCAAGAUGCCAGUGACACGCGUCAUGCCCAAGCUACAGGAUGGCUAAUCAUGCCCCAUAUCAUCAUCACCGCCGCCCAGUGCGUUUAUGACCACACCCACGACUUCGGCAAAGCAGUUCAAGUCCGCGCUUUCGUGGGAUAUAAUGGCAAGAACUCCCUUGACAAGCCUGGUGUUCAAUUCCGCAGAGGUCUCAAGGUCGUCGUUCCGAAAGACUGGAUCAUUAGUGACACCAACCGCGCAAGCGAUGUGGCGUUCAUAAAAGUGGAAGAAUUUAGUAACGUUGUGCGUGUCGCCCAGCAGCCCACUGUGGGCGUUGUGAACAAGAUGCUUUUGAGCGUGGUUGGGUACCCAUGUGACAAGUCCCUGGGUGAUGAACGGGGAGCACAAAUGUAUGAGAUGACCAGAAGAAUAGAUUGCGAUCUUUCGAAAACUGCUUUUAAUUUGCUCGAACAUACGAUAUCUUGUGCAAGUGGCCAAUCCGGAUCCCCGAUCCUCAUUAGCGGCGAAAGCAAGUCUAUCGGCGUCGCUUCGUAUGGCACCGGAACUAGAAAUACCGCGACCGUGUUUCGAGGUGGAUUCGGAACUUACCUCAGCGCCAUGUCUGGUGUCAUGUAUGCCCUGGACCGUGGUCCUCCUGGAGGCGAAGACAUCAGAUAUAUCACGACCGAUGGCCGCCCGGAGGGCAGCACGAGGGAAGAGCCCCUCAGUGACGGUAUAGCCUUUUGGAAAAUCUUCAAUAAGGUCGCCAGCGUCGGCCAAACAAUAGAUCGUUCAGUAUUACGAACUGGGUUCCCUUUCUUGGGCCAGGUGGGCAGCCCUAUCGCUGCCAUUGCCGGGACCGCGCUCGGCGUCUUGAGCAAGCUGGGGGCAGACGCUUCGAUCGACAUUGGUUCCGUCCAUGUCAAUUACAGGCACUAUGCUGCCCGAGCUGUUGUUGCAGAGGCUGCUAUGCAGACUGUCAUAAAGAUGGAUCCUCACAAGGCGAACGAUUUAAAAAUACUCGACAAGAUUGAGGAUCAGUUCCCGGAGGCGAAGGAUAUCGUUCCCCGGGUUGCUAAGCUCAUCACCCCUGGAAUAGUUGAGUCAGCACUUCGCAUCUCAGUCGAUACACAGGCUGCGGGCGAGGACAUUUCCAAACUCUACCCACUGCUCCCUCCUAAAAAUGAUUCUCUGAGCGAUGAUGCCAAACUAUUUGUCGAUGCCUUUACCCGGUACAUAAAUCAGGGCAAUGCCAAUGAGAUGUCCGAGUUUCUUGGAAGGAUUGUGAAAACCGGUUUAUCCACUGGCUGUCCUAACAUGGACGGCAUCACUCGAGCCAUCGGCGAGUCUGAACUCAGUGUGACCGACAUGUCGCAUCAUGUCGAGAUUCUGUGUCACAGAGCGCUGAUUGGUGAUACUUGUCUACAGGCCCUGACAGCAAUACCCCUCGAUCGGUGGAUGCAGAAGGGUCUGUUUGAUCAUUUUGUCGCUACGGUUGGAAGAAUUGGAAAAACGGUCAUCGAAGUCGCUCCUAUUGUCACUCAAAACAUCUUGGUCCAUCUCAAGCGUGAUGAAUAA